AACAUCACCUUGCGUUGUUGAUAAACUGAUGCAAAACAAGGUGCUAUUUUAUUGUUAUAAAUAGGAAUAGUACCUAUUCAAAAUGAAAGUUGACGUUCAACCACCAACCGACAAACCUAAAAUACCAUUACCGACAGUGUCCCAAAUUAAUGCAGACAGAAUAACAUUACUUGCAAACCAGUACUGGUCCCCGCAGACCAAAGAUAACCACUUACCUUAUGAUGCUUCAAUUGUGGAGUCAAUAUACCAAGCAGAGAUACUGGGAUCAAACUUCUCUGUGCGCAGAAUUAUGAUGCUGGAAUUUUCUCAGUACCUAGAAAACUAUCUAUGGCUACAUUAUAAAACAGGGCAAGCGUCUUAUGCCCAUAUGAUGUCAAUCAUUGUCAUGAUCAAUGAAAAGUUUAGAGAAAGAGUUCAAGCAUGGCAGGCCUUCCUAAAAACCCCCGAGCAUUUUCCCGGGUUUUUCGAACAAGUGCUCCGUGCUAGCGUGGAGGAAAGUCCAACACAGAACAUGCGGGAGCAGACUGCUCUCCUGCUGUUCCUGAACCACUGUUUUGGCAGUAUGGAGGUGCAGCUGUGCCGAGACCAAGUCAAGAGGCUAGUUUCCCUUAGUAUGUGGAUCAGCUUACAAGAAGGACGCAGGAAUCAAGAAUUUAAAGCUGUUCCCAAAUGGAGGAAAUAUUGGCGAGCUAUACAAAAGAAAGAUAAAGCAGAACUUUUAGAAAAACUCAAUUGGGAAAGGCAUUAUUUACAAAGACUGAUGAUUAAGUUUAUGAGAAUUCUUGAGAGUAUUCCAGAAGUUGGUGACAUUAAUGUGAAUGCUGUCAGAUACUGCGAGCGGUUUUUGGAGCUGAUGAUCGACCUGGAGGCGCUGCUACCAACUCGCCGCUUCUUCAACACCGUCAUGGACGACUGCCACCUCGUCGUUCGCUGUCAGAUGGCACCGCUUACGCGCAGACCAGAGGGCCAGCUGUUCACUCAGCUGCUGCAGAUGCUGAAGUUCUACGCGAGGUUCGAGAUCAGCGACGAGACGGGAGACCCCAUGACGGACCGCGACAUGACCCUACACCACUACUCCAGGAUCACCUCGCUACAGAAAGCCGCAUUCUCCAAAUUCCCAGAUUUGCGUAUGUUUGCUCUGGCCAACGUUGCUAGCGUCGACACUAGAGAGUCGCUGCAGAAACAUUUUGGCAAUCUCAGUGACAAAGCGUUGCGAGCUAUUGCGACGUAUCUGAACCUCAUACCAGCGGAGGGCAGGGAGGAGGAGGCGCCCUGGCAUCGUCUGGACAAAGACUUCCUCAAGGAAUUACUAAUAUCUCGUCACGAGCGGCGCAUCUCGCAGCUGGAGGAGCUGAACUCGAUGCCGCUGUACCCGACCGAGGACAUCAUCUGGGACGAGAACGUGGUGCCCACGGAGAUAUACAGCGGCGAGAACUGCCUCGCGCUGCCCAAGCUCAACCUGCAGUUCCUCACGCUGCACGACUACCUGCUGCGCAACUUCAACCUCUUCCGCCUCGAGAGCACAUAUGAAAUCCGCCAGGAUAUAGAAGAUGCUGUGUAUAGACUUGCGCCUUGGCGCGCGGAGGACGGCAGCGUAUACUUCGGCGGCUGGGCGCGCAUGGCUCACCCCAUCCAGAGCUUCGCGGUGGUGGAGGUGGCCAAGCCCAACAUCGGGGAGAAGGCGCCGUCCAGGGUCCGCGCCGACGUCACCGUCACGCUGAGCGUCCGCAACGAGAUCAAGUACGAGUGGGAGAGCCUCCGGAAACACGACGUCUGCUUCCUCGUCACGGUUCGCCCCAACCAGGGCAUCGGAACAAAAUACGAUUACAAGAAGAGUAUGGUGGAGCAGGCGGGGAUAGUGUACGUGAGGGGGUGCGAGGUGGAGGGCAUGCUGGACGCCUCGGGCAGGGUCAUAGAGGAGGGGCCAGAGCCGAGACCCGAGCUGGACGGGGACUCCAGAACGUUCCGCCUCCUGCUCGACCCCAACCAGUACAGGCUGGACCUGGAUCAGGCGAGCAAGGGCAAAGAGGACGUGUACGAGACAUUCAACAUCGUGAUGCGGCGAAAGCCGAAGGAGAACAACUUCAAGGCGGUGCUGGAGACGAUCCGCGAGCUGAUGAACACGGAGUGCGUGGUGCCGGAGUGGCUGCACGACAUCGUGCUGGGCUACGGCGACCCCGGACAGGCGCACUACACCAGAAUGCCGAAUGAGAUUCCGACAUUGGACUUUAAUGACACCUUUUUGGACAUGGAACAUUUACGGAACAGUUUUCCGAGCUACGAAAUUAAAGUGAAAACUGAUGACCCGAGAAAACUUGUCAGACCAUUCAAGUUAACGUUCGAGAAUGUCGUACGUAAACAGGAGCUCGGCGACAACGCCAUGGACGAGGACGAGCAGAGCAAGGUCAUCAUAGUGGAGCCCCACGUGCAGCCCAAGCGGGGACCCUAUCUAUACAACGAGCCUAAGAAGAACAAUAUCCUGUUUACCCCGACACAGGUGGAGGCCAUUAGGUCGGGCAUGCAGCCGGGACUGACGCUCGUUGUCGGUCCACCAGGAACAGGUAAAACUGACGUGGCGGUUCAAAUUAUAUCGAACCUGUACCACAAUUUUCCCUGGCAGCGCACCCUGGUGGUGACACACAGCAACCAGGCGCUUAACCAGCUGUUCGAGAAGGUUGCCGAGUUGGACGUUGACGAGAGACAUCUGCUGCGUCUCGGCCACGGCGAAGAAGCUUUGCAGACUGACAAAGAUUUUUCAAGGUACGGGCGCGUGAACUACGUGCUGGCGACGCGGCUGGCGCAGCUGGAGCGCGUGUCGCGGCUGGCGGCGGCGCUGGGUGCGAGUGACGCCGGCGCCACCUGCGAGCUGGCGCACCACUUCCACGUGUACCACGUGCGUCCGCGAUGGGCCGCCUUCUUGCGAGCCUGCGAACGGGACCAGAGUAAAUCAGUGGAGACGAUAGCGAAGGAGUUUCCAUUCCACGAGUUUUUCGACGACGCUCCCAAACCGCUGUUCCCCGGGAAGAGCUACGAAGAUGACAUGGAGGUCGCUAAAAGUUGUUACAGAUACAUAGACCACAUAUUCGAGGAGCUGGAGGAGUUCCGCGCGUUCGAGCUGCUCCGCUCCGGCCUCGACCGCUCCAAGUACCUGCUGGUGAAGGAGGCCAAGAUCAUCGCCAUGACAUGCACGCACGCCGCGCUCAAGCGCUCCGAACUCGUGCAGAUGGGUUUCAAAUACGACAACAUUCUAAUGGAGGAGUCGGCACAGAUCCUUGAGAUCGAGACAUUUAUACCGCUGCUGCUGCAGAACCCUCAGGACGGGCGGUCGCGGCUCAAGCGCUGGAUCAUGAUCGGCGACCACCACCAGCUGCCGCCCGUGGUCAAGAACAUGGCCUUCCAGAAGUACUGCAACAUGGAGCAGAGCCUGUUCACGCGGAUGGUGCGCCUGGGCGUCCCGUACGUCGAGCUCGACGCCCAGGGCCGAGCGAGACCCAGCAUCUGCAACCUGUACCGGUGGCGGUAUCGCGCGCUGGGCGACCUGGCGCACGUGGCGCGGCGGCCCGAGUACCGCGCCGCCAACGCCGGCCUGCGAUACGACUUCCAGCUCAUCAACGUCGACGACUUCAACGGCGCCGGCGAGACCGAGCCCAGCCCGUACUUCUAUCAGAAUCUGGCGGAGGCGGAGUACGUGGUGGCGGUGUUUAUGUAUAUGCGGCUGGUGGGCUGGCCCGCGGACAAGAUCUCUAUCCUCACCACAUACAACGGCCAGAAGCACCUCAUCCGUGACGUCAUCAAUAAGCGCUGCGCCGACAACCCCCUCAUCGGGAGGCCGCACAAGGUGACGACUGUGGACAAGUACCAGGGCCAACAGAACGACAUCGCGUUAGUGUCGCUGGUGCGGACGAAGGCGGUGGGCCACGUGCGCGACCUGCGCCGCCUCAUCGUGGCGGCGUCGCGCGCGCGCCUCGGCCUCUACAUCUUCGCGCGCGCCAGCCUCUUCCGGAACUGCUUCGAGCUGCAGCCCACCUUCAACCAGCUGGUGGAGCGCAGCCUGCAGCUGGAGCUGGUGCCGGGCGAGCGAUGGCCGGCGCAGCGCGCGGCGGGCGCGGUCGUGCCCGAGCCGCUCGUGAUGCGCGCGCGCGACAUGCCGCACAUGGCGCGCUUCGUCUACGACAUGUACCUCGACGUCGUCCGCGCCGCCGCUCCGCACCAGAGCAGGGGCGAGUACAGCGCACCGGGCACGGAGUCGGCGGCGCAGUCGCAGGAGCCCACACACUUCGUGCCCUCGCACCCCGGCGCGGCGCCCGACAGCGACGACGAGGAUGCCCCUGCCCCCGCCGCCGCCCCCGCCCCCACCACCCCCGCCGACUUCCAGCCCACCGACAUCGUCAACGAGGUCGACCCCGACGCCUAGACGCCCACCGCUGAGUAUCGAUAAGAUUCCAAUAUUUAUAAGUAAUCUCGAGUUGAACUAUGUUAAUAAAUGAUUUUAAAUUUA